ACUGUUUCCCAUGUUGUCAGAUAGCUCCAUAGAACUCAGCUUCUGAGAACCAGAGGCAUGCAGUGACAUUGCAUAAUCUGCCUCUAUAGCUGGAGAUAGUAGCCUUGGGGCUCAAAGAAGCAGUUUCACAUUGCCGACAUGAAAGGAGUGAGUAUCAUGGACACCGCUCCCAAGACACUCUUGGCCAGGGCACUUUAUGACAACCACCCUGACUGCUCUGAUGAGCUGGCUUUCUGCAAAGGAGACAUCCUGACCAUUCUGGAACAGAACGUGCCAGAAAGUGAGGGUUGGUGGAAGUGUUUGCUCCAUGGGAGGCUAGGCCUUGCACCAGCCAACCGUCUCCAAAUACUCUCCGAGGCCCCAGCAGACAGAUGCUGUCCUCCUUUCCUGAAAGACCUGGAAGAAGCUCUCACCAUCUCUGAGGAAACCUACCUAGUUCCAACCAUGCUCAGCCCACCACCUCAGGGCCCUGUCUAUGAGCAGAUGAAGAGCUGGGUAGAGGGGCCACCGCCACCCAGGGACCAAUUCUAUGAAUUACCUGAUCCACCUACCAGUGCCAGAAUUGUCUGUGAAAAGACUAUGAGCUUUCCAAAGCAGGUCAUUGUGACAUUUCCUAAAUCUGCUCAAGCCUCAUUGCCAACCCUGCCUCCGCAGGUCUAUGAUGUGCCCAUCCAGAGCCGAGGGACCUCAGCCCUGAAGGAACCACCAAAGCAGUGGUUAUAUGACAUUCCUCCCAGCCCCCAAAAGGCAAAACUUGGUCCACCAACUUUCCCAGCAAGUGAGAUCAGUGUUCCCCUAACAUCAAUGGCUGCUCCCAGAAGAGGUGGCUACAACACACUACCAAACCCUCAGAAAUCAGAAUGGACUUACAACACUCCAGUGUCUUCUGAAAAAGCCACUAUUCGAAACAACUUAAUGGAACAAACUCGACCUUGUGUUCUCCCCAGACACACCCCUGCUUCCCACAGUGCUCCCAACAGCUGGGUUGGAUCUCAUACUCCACAUCUACCUAAAAAUAUGCCCAUGCAUAAAAAGCUCAGCCUGCCAGAAAUUCCUUCAUAUGAUUUUCCAACACCCAGGGCCACUUUUCCUCUGGAUGAAGGUUUCAGUUACAAGGUUCCUUCAAGCUUUCUAGUUCCCCGAGUAGAACAGCAGAACACCAGACCAAACAUUUAUGACAUCCCCAAAGCAAUGACAGGUGUCCCUCAACCCAGGAAAGAGCUGGGGAAAACAACCAGGGCAUUAGAGAAUUCCAUGGACCCCAGUUCCUCAUGGUUCUCCAAACAGGCAGCAUCACUAUCUUCUGACUUGGAUGCUCUGUCUGUUUCCAGUGUCAUUUCUUCUUGCUCCUCUAUGUCCACUGACUCUUCAUCCAGCUCCUUUUCAGAGGAAUCAUCAAAAGAACUCUCCUUGGAUCUGGACUUGGCCAAAGAAAUGGUGACAGCUUUGCAGCACCAUGUGGCUGGCUCUGUUGCAGACCUGAUGCUCUUUGUAAGUAGGAAAUGGAGGUUCCGAGACUAUUUGGAGGCCAACAUUGAUGCAAUCCACAGGGCUGUUGACCACAUUGAAGAAUCUUUGAGAGAAUUUCUGGAUUUUGCCAGAGUAGUAUGUAGACGAGCUUGUAACAUUGCUGACAGUAAACUUCAGGUCAAAAUUAAGGACCAAUUACAGACUAUCUCCAACUCCUACCAGAUUCUGCUUGAAACAAAAGAAAGGCUGGAGAGUUUAAACUGGUCCCUGGAAGUCCUUGUGACUAAUACAGCCCAAAAUAGCCCAGAUGACCUUGAGAGAUUUGUUAUGGUAGCACGAAUGGUUCCAGAAGACAUCAAAAGGUUUGCUUCCAUAGUCAUUGCCAAUGGAAGACUGCUUUUUAAGCAGAAUUGUGAAAGGGAAGAGAAUGUACAAUUGGCCCCAAAUGAAGAAUUUAAGCUUGAAAAAUGUGCCCAGCUUUCCCAAAAGGAAACGGACCCACAUCAAAGUCGUGCUUCUUUUAAUAGGCAAAGGGAACACAAACACUCCCUUGAGUUAUUAAAGAAAACUAGGACAAACACUGUCUGUGAGCAGAACUUACCUAACCUAGAAGAGAAACAAAAACCUAUCUUGGAACAAAAACUGGAUGAAAACAAAGCCUUAGCAACACAGAAUCCUAGCUCUUCCAAUGCCCGACCUUUGAGCCAGCAGAAUCCUGAGAAGAGAAUCCAUCUUUCAGAACACUGCCGUCUCUACUUUGGAGCGCUCUUCAAAGCCAUCAGCGCAUUUCACAUCAGCCUCAGUGCCAGCCAGCCACCAGAGAGCUUCAUCACACAGAGCAAGCUGAUCAUCAUGGUGGGACAGAAGCUGGUGGACAGCCUGUGCAAGGAAACCCAGGAGAAGGAUGCACGCAAUGAGAUCCUCUAUGGCAGCAACCACCUGUGCAGUCUGCUCAAGAACCUCGCUCUGGCCACCAAGCAUGCAGUGCUUAAGUACCCAAGCCCUGAAGCCCUGGGGCACCUCCAGGCUGAGGCCAAAAAGCUAGAGCAGCAUACACAGCAAUUCCGGGAGUCACUGGAAUGAACUGUUCCCAACUCCCUCCUUGUGGCAGUGUCACAUCCACAACCUGUGAACACAGUUCUGGGGAUGAAGUCAUCCAAAGAUAUCCACAAUGAGUUGAAACAGUGAUGUUGUCCAAAAUUGGUCUAAGUGGUUAGGAAACCCCCAAGACAUUGAUAAUAGUCAGGUGUCCAGUAAGGACCUUACUAAGUUUUUAGCAUAUUAUAUUAUAGGAUCAGCAUGUGAAGUGACUUUGUAAAAACCAGUUUUCAUACUGGUUAAAUAUAUGCUUGUUUUCAGUUAAUUUAGUAUUUAUUGGGAGCCUACUACAUGUCAAAUUCUGGGUACUAAGCAUAGAAUCAAACAGAGGCCUUUCCUUCAUAACUCUUACAAUUUAGUACAGAGACAGAAAAUAAAAUGAUGAGUAGAUAAUAUAUCCAGUGUUAGAAAAAUAAAGUAGGAAAGGGAGAAGAGAGCUUAUUUUUAUGUCAUUAAUUUCUGUUGCAUCCAUUAGAAAAUGUAGUACGUUUUUCAUUUUGACUUAAACAAUUUUCAUGAGAUUGGUACAAAUUAUGUCUAUACCUUGCACCAAAAAUGAAUGUGUAUAUGUACACACAAACACACACACACAUUGUUAUUAUGUCGUAACUGAGUUAAAGAUCCAUAUACUAUUUUCAGCAUACCAUGUUCUGUUGGGUUCCCUAUUAAUUUAUUUUGUGCAUUAGAGAUUCUGUCUUGAUAAAUUCAGUAUGG